AUGAUCGAGCAACGCACAGGUUCAUGCCUCUGCGGCAAAAUCACGCUCAAGAUCCACGGCCCAGCCCUAUCGGCCAACCUAUGUUACUGUACCAACUGCCAAAAGUCACUCGGGUCCGUCGUGGCUUCGUUCGCGACCUUUGCCGCCGACGCAAGUUUCGAAUACAAUGACCCAGAGUCGAUGAUGCGUACCUACUCAGACAAGGCGACCGACUCGGGAAACACGGUCGGGCGGGCGUUUUGCGCCAACUGCGGAUCUCCCGUCAGGGGUGACAGCAGCAAGUUUCCCGGCUUUCUGAUCGUGCCGGUCGGGUGCUUGGAUGGUAGUGAUGCGGACAAGGCGGAUCUCAGGCCGACGGCUGAGUACUUUUGCCUCAGCAAGGCGGCGUGGCUUCCCGGGCUGGAGGGGACCGAGAAGGUUGACUUGGGCCCAGCGAUGAAUUACAGUUGA